GGUUUAACCAGCUAAAAGCCUAAAACCCUCGAAGCUCAGAUUUUCCGACGACUUCUUUCACCGGACGUGCCGCCUCUGUUUCCUCCAGAGAGAGCCUUAGUUAGAAGGGAGACAAGAAAACGAUGAGUGGAUUUAGAGCAUUUAAAGCACAAGUGCCCAUUGAAUGGAGCAAGAGUUUGUACAUAACCUUAGUGAGAGGUCUCCCUGGAACCAGGAAGCUUCACAGGCGAACACUUGAGGCCAUGGGACUUCGCAGAUGCCAUCGCACUGUUUUGCACUCAAACACUUCAUCCGUUAGAGGAAUGAUUCAACAGGUUAAAAGGAUGGUUGUUGUUGAAACAGAGGAGAUGUACAAAGCUCGCAAAGAAGCAGAAGCCAAACACAAUGCUCUGCGUCCGCCACUUGUUGUCAGCCAUUCAAGCCCUGCAACAGCUUCAUCCACCAUGUCUUGAGUAUUUACACAGACCGUCACUUUGAUAAGAUCCAGUUGCAUUUGUAAUCGCCUUAAAUUAAGACCCUGGUAAGGUGUCAGGGAAGUCAUAAGUAGUCUAGACGCGAUAAGAAAUGUUGGUGUCAUUGAAUUUGGUGACUCAUGUUUUUCUAUACAUUGGAUCCUUGUGUAUGUUUGCUCUCAUUUUGUCAAUCUCAAAUCCAUCCGU